AUGUCCGCAAAGCCCAAAGUAUUAAUUGUUGGCGGUGGUUUAGGGGGCCUUACUUUGGGGGUAUUGUUGGAACGUGCAGGUAUCCCAUAUGAAAUUUUCGAACGAGCUUCGGUUAUUAGACCAUUAGGAUCAGCGCUUUCGAUGGGUGCUAAUAUCAUUCCAUUGUUGAAACAACUUGGGAUCUAUGAGGAGUUCAUUGACAAGGCUCUAGUCCGAUACACAACUCAGGUCUAUAAAGAAAACCUAGAGAUCGAUUUCGUCCUUGACUCAAAACCUGCUGCAGAAAUGGGUGGAUACGACGGUUACAUGAUCAGUCGUCCUGCAAUCCAUGAGAUCCUUCUCAAUCAAAUCCCACCGCACAAGGUCCACCUCUCCAAGCGUGUUUUACAGAUCCGCCAAAAUGAAAAGGAGGCGACGAUUGUGUGUGCAGACAAUUCAGUUUACUACGGACAUAUCAUCGUUGGGUCCGAUGGUGCCUACUCGAGUGUUCGACAGUCCAUGUAUAAGGAUAUGAAGCGUGAAGGUCGGUUACCGACAUCGGAUCAAGAGGAUCUGCCAUAUAGUUGUACCUGUCUCGUAGGACAUACUCGGCCCCUGGAUCCUGAAGAGUUCACAGAGUUGAAAACUCCAGAAUGUAGUUUUGAUUGUGUCUUGAGUGACAAUAAGCCAUAUACGUGGGUGACGUUUACGACAAAGGGUAAUAUUAUAUGUUGGAUGGUGGUACAUCAUCUCAAUAAGGUUACUUCAAAAGCAAAUGAUAGUUUCCGAAAUUCAGAAUGGGGACCUGAAGCAGCCGAGGUUAUGUGUAAAGAAGUACGCGAUUUUCCAAUUUCGGGUGUCAAUGUCGGACCAGUUUCUUGCACAAGAGAGGAUUCAGAUAUAGAUUCUGACACAAAUCUUGACAAAAUCAAUACCGGUACCAAUAACAACGGCAACAGUUUCCAUAAAAAGGAACAGACGCAGCAAAAGAAAAAGACAAGGACUUUGGGGGAUUUGAUCGAUCGGACUGACAGAGAGUUGAUCUCAAAAGUGAUGCUGGAAGAAAAGAUCUUUGAAACAUGGUAUGAUCGACGGAUUGUUCUGAUAGGUGAUGCAUGCCACAAGAUGAAUCCCUCAGGAGGUCAAGGAGCCUUGAACGCGAUGCAAGAUGCUAUUACACUGGCGAAUUGGAUCAAUGUGCUGAGAUCUAAUGAUGUCAGUGAUAUGAACAAGAUAUUUCAAGAAUACAAACGAGAACGGUACCCCCAUGCUAUGGAUGCAUUUGAAAGCUCCAAAAUGUUUAGCAAGAUCAUUGAAAAGCAAUGA